AUGAGUACCAACAGGUCUGAGGCAGCCUGGGAUGUGAUCCAGAGGAAAGCCACCACAGUGAAUACUAUGAAAAUGACUGUGUUUCCCUGCAUGGCUAACUGGAAACUCAGGAUAUUUGCUGGAAAACACAAAAGACUCUUGAUCCUUUUCAUUCCUGCUGACUGUGCAACUUCGACUAGCACCACAUCCGGUAGUGCCAGCCCCACACUCGCCUGCGCCCUGGCCUCUGUCUCCGAGCUUGCCUGCAUCUCCUCAGCCCUCACUCUGCAUGGCAAUGAGGUGACCAUCACGGCCCUGGCCAAUGUCAACACUGGGAGCCUCAUUUGCAAUGUAGGGGCUGGUGGACCUGCUCCAGCAGCUGGUGCUACACCAGCAGGAGAUCCUGCCCACUCCACUACUGCUGCUCCAGCUAAGGAGAAGAAAGUGGAAGCAAAGAAGGAAGAAUCUGAGGAGUGUGAUGACACGGGCUUUAGUCGUUUUGACUAA